AUGGCCUACGAGAAGGAAUUGGAGAUUGCUCUCCUGGCCGUUCAGCGAGCAUCCAUCCUCACAAAGUCGGUUUACUCGAGCCAUUCCAAAGGCACGCUAUCCAAGAGCGACUCCUCCCCUGUCACAAUCGGCGACUUCGGCGCGCAAGCCCUGAUCAUCGCAUCCAUAAAGCAUGCUUUCCCCGAGGACGAGGUUGUUGGCGAGGAGGACGCCAACGACCUACGCAAGAACGACUCGCUCCGUGACCUUGUCUGGGAUCUGGUACAAGCAGCGAAGCUAGAGGAUAGCUCUGCCGAGGAGAUGAUUGGUGGACCCAUCAAGAGCGCAGAUGCUAUGCUGUCAGCGCUUGACCAGGGAAACAGUGAGGGCGGCAGGAAGGGCAGGAUCUGGGCACUUGAUCCUAUCGACGGCACAAAAGGAUUCUUGCGUGGUGGACAAUACGCUGUCUGCUUGGGUCUACUCGUAGAUGGCGUACCUACCGUAGGUGUCAUCGGCUGCCCCAACCUCCCAGUCGACGACCAGGCUCCCCUCACCACGACUACCGGACAAGAUGCAGACGACAAGGAGGGUAAGGGCGUGCUAUUUGGUGCCGUCAAGGGGCAGGGUGCUACCAGCCGACCGCUGAGCAAGGGUGCUCUCACAGAAGCAAAGGCCAUCAAAAUGAAGCCCCUCUCAGACGUCACCCAAGCCACAUUCUGCGAAUCCGUAGAAGCAGGCCACUCAUCACAAGGCGACAACGCUGCCAUCGCGUCAAAGCUUGGCAUCACCAAGCCUUCGGUUCGCAUGGACUCGCAAGCCAAGUACUGCUCUAUUGCCCGUGGAGCUGGGGACUUGUACCUCAGACUGCCAGUCAGCAAGACAUAUCAGGAAAAGAUCUGGGACCACGCUGCCGGUGUGGUCCUCGUUCAGGAGGCAGGCGGUGAGGUCAGCGAUGCGUACGGCAAGCCUCUUGACUUUGGCCUCGGAAGGACACUCAGGGAGAACAAGGGUGUGGUAGCUGCGCCAAAGGAUGCGUUUGCAGAGGUUAUCAAGGUCGUCAAAGAGGUUUUGAGCGCUAAAGAAUAG